ACGCUUGUGAUAAUUGUGUGUAUCGUUUCAGUGGGUUACAUAGCGCUAUAUAAUAUUUGACAAUAAUAAUUACGUCAGUGGCCAUUUAUUACAUUCGUGAACGAAUUUGCAGCCGAGGUAAAUAAGUAAAUGGCUCGGUGCGUGACUGUUGUGGGAUUGAAAAUAUGGCGUCUAAAUCUAGAAAAAAUUUAGAUAAAACUAAUGAUUCUGACAUCAGGAGCAUUAUAUCGAGCCAACUCGAGCAACUUCAGCAAAUACAAAAUGAAGCUAACAACCACCCAAAAAAGCUGUCAAUUUUAGUUCGACUUUGGAAGGCCGUCGUUGGUUACAAUGAUAGUUCUAAAAGUGUUCAUAUUGACAAGCUCAUAGAAUGGAUGUAUUUCCACACCGCAAAGUUGAUACUCCAGGCAACUUGGGUGAAAUUAAAGAAAGAUGAAUUAACAGUUCUAAAUCAUUGUAUUACGACUAUGAUUAAUAAUAGACUUAAAAAUGCACAAGAGACGAAAAAUACAACUUUACACAGAUUAAAUGUACUGCAGAAUUUAUUUAAGAAUCCAUGGAAAAAAUCAACUCUUCAAAUCAUAUUAAAAAAGCAAUAUGUUAUAUCUGCAGAUCAUGUUAUGGAAUAUCUGCGCAGCGAAGAAGGAUAUAUUAUUGUGUCCAGGCUGGAUAUUCUUUGUGAAGCUCAUUGUGAAGAUUUAGCUUUACGUUUGGCAGAUGUAAUUUUGAAAUGUAUUAAAUGGCCAAGUAGAAAAUCAUUGGAAUCCGUUCUGUCCAUUGAUCAAGUCUAUUACAUAAUAGAUAUUUAUUUAGCACUUUUGCACAAAUUUGACCAAAUUGAGAUUUGUAUAUCAGAGAUGCAAAAGCUUACGAUGGAUGAGGGACUGAAGUGCAUACAAAGAUUUCGCAGUAAAGAAAGAGAUAAUAUUAAAGUUUGGAGUAAUUGUUAUUUAGUUGCAGAAUUAGCUACUCAGGUAUUUGUUGUUCAAGCAUUAGCACAACCCAAAAUAAAACAAAAUAUGCUUGAGAAAUUUGUAUUUGAGUGGGCAUAUGUACAAAAUAAAUAUUGUGAUCGCACUCAGUUACCUUUAAUGACAAAAAAAUUAAUACAGCAUGCGAAAUCUACAGAUCAAAUAUGUUUGAUUGCAGAUACUUUAUUUAGCAUGUAUAAUGAAGAAGCCAAAUCUUUAACCAUAGAACUCUAUAUUCGAGCCAUAACAUUUGAUGUGAACCUUUUGGAAAAAUGUAAGACUGAUAAAACUUUAACUAAACUUAUUGAAUUUAAAUUAUCAAAGCGGUUCAUGGAGUUUAAAAGGUUUUUUGAGAAUAAUUUAGGAGUUUGUAGGGAAUGCAUUUUAACAGCAUUUUCGCUAAAUCCAACUGAAGAGACAUUAAAGGAAGUGGAGCAAAUUGCUAUUGCAACUGGAAAAUUGAAACUUAAUGAUGAGACUAUUGAAUUAAAAGACAGUGUCGAGACUUUGGAUACAGGGCAAAAGAAAAUUUGGAGUUGUCCAUUGCAUGCACCUUAUGAUGAAAGUUCAAAAAUAGAAGGACGAUUAUUAGAUUUAUGUUGUAGUUGUGGAUCUUUUAGAGUCAGAAUGGCAAAGACUAAUGAUUGUUCAAUGGAUGCUUUACUUGGUUUGACUGGAAAUUCAAUUACCACAUAUGAAAACUAUGAUACAAUGAGUUCUCCUAAUUCAGUUUUAGAUUCAUUAGUUCAGCAUGUUCCUUUGAGUUUAUGUGAAGACUUAGUUAGCAUCAUCAGCAGCAUUAGAGUUAAAACAUUAACAUGGCUACAUGAUUGGUCCGAACUGAGUAAAGCUUGUGAAAAUUACAUGUAUUUUCAAGAAGGCACAUUCAAAAGUUCUGAAGGAUUGAAAUACUUAAAAAUUGACUAUCGGCAGUUUGAAAGCUGGCCUAAGGUUGAUAAAUUCAGCAUGGAUAAUGGUAUUGAGAAGGGAUAUGAAAUGUGUGCAGAUUUGACUAAUGAUGACACCCAGGAUUCCAAAUAUGAUAGUGACGAUUUUUUAAAAUCUAAAGAUCAGGGUAUUGUAAAGCGAAGGAAAAUUCAACAGUCUGAAGAGGUUAUUGAUAAUGUUGAUACUACUGAUGCACACGCUACUGGCACGAAGGAAACACAAGAUUUCUUUUCUAAAGUUAACAAUUUGUCUAAUGAUGUUAUUUCUUAUGAAAAAUCUCGAUCAAAGUUAAAAUUAAAUAGCGCUAAGGAACUGAGGACAAUAAGUGCUAAAAAUUCUUCUAAAAACAGUUUUUUUGCAGAUUCAAAGGAAAAUAAAAAUUCUUGUGAUGGUACUAAACAAAGUUCAGUGAUUGGUGAAUCAAAAAUAUGUGAUUUCAGUAAUUUAACUUCUAUUAUAUCACCUGAAAAAAAAUCAAGUGAUCCUAAUGUUCUUAAAAGUUUACGAAAGUAUCGUCCUAAUAUGAAGUCAAAGGCUUCAAAAAAGUUGAAUAAUAAUCCUAGUGUUGUAAAAUAUGUAAAUGAAUAUGCACCAGCUCUGAGUGAAUUGAAUCUUAGUCCUCGUGUUAUUUUGAAUAGAUGUGUUGAUGAAGGUGCUAUGGAAGAUGGAACUGAAGGAGAUUUUUCAUCGAAGGCUUGUGUUAAAAUGAAUAAAAUUUCAAAUGAAAAUGGUAAUAGGGAAAAUAUUGAAAGUAAAACUGAAUUGUCUGUUUGCAAUAGCAAUUGUAAUAUUUUAUCAGGCAUUCCCGGUCUUAGUUCUUUUGAUAUGUUAAUUCCAGAUAAAGUGCAGCCGAUAGUGCAAAUAGUGCAACUUGUACAUAACACAAGUAAACAACCAAUGUCUCCACCUAAAGUAAGCAGGUCUUCUUCACAAUCAAAUAUAACAAUAACUACAUCAACGCCAAAUUCUAAUAUGGAAGCAAAUAGAAUAUCUAUUGGCGAUUCAAUGUCUCAGUCUGGAAGUUUGAGUACGCCAGUAACUCCACAUAUUCAGCGUAUUGGACAAGCAACCUUGAAUUGUGAUUCUGUACAAGUGAUUUCUUCUGUAUCAGCUGCCGCUGUGUCAUCUGUGCAAUCUAAUCCUCAAGUUUUGCAGACUUCUAAUGUGACUUUACCUGAUUUAGUACCUGCUUCUCAAACAUUAGAUAAUGUAUCUACUGAUAGCUCGCCUUCUACUAGUAUAUCUCAACUUAAUGUCAUAUCAAAUGCAUCUCAGGCCAAUAACAGUCGUUUAAAAAUUAGUAAUUCCACGUUAACAAAUUUGCUUACAAAUAGAAUAACCAUGCCUACUAAAUCAGGAAAUCCAAAUUUGAAAUCGAAUCCUACUAUAUUAAAUGUGUUGUCACAAAAAAUUUUGAGACCCCCAUUUUCUUCAUCAAAUAUGAUAAAUUGUAAUUCAAUAGUUUCCACAGCACAAAGUACACCACAUACUUCAAAUAAUAGUAAUUUGGUAUCUUCCACUUUACAGACUUCAGUUAAUUCUCAAACGCUUAAUGCAAACAUCACAAGCAGCCCUCAAUCUCAGCAACACUUAUUGCAAAUUUUGAAUCAGUCACAAAAACAAGGUAGUUCUCAAGUUAUUAAGGGUGUAAAUUUAAUAUCAGGCUUAUCUGGUGCAUCUGAUUCUAAAUUAGUUCAGUUCAUAUGUAAGACGGAUGGAAAAACUUUUCAGUUAACACCAUUUUCUGCAAAUCCAGCCAAUGUAAGAAUUCAGCAAGUGGACAAUCGCGUAUUUAAGUCAGCGUCAUCUACACAGGUUAGGCCACUUGAUGCUGGAACCGGUAUUAACACAAGGUCUGUUUAUGAAGAAAAUUAUGCCAAGUUUAUUCAAACAGCAAAUAAAAUUACGCACAUUCAUAACACAUCUAAGCAACCCAAUACUGUUGCCACUACAUUAACAGUCAGCUCAAAUCAAAAUACUAGUUUGCCAAAAUUUAAUCAGGCUUUUGGUAAGGCUGCAUUUCACAACAGUGGAAAUCCAGAUUCUACAAAUGAAGGUGAAUCAUCUAGUGCAUCGAAUAAUGUUACAAACUUGCCUGUUAUCAAAACCUACAAAAGUGAUGCUGAUGAUGGUACUUUAUUAAGCACAGUUGUUCAGAAUGCAAUAAACCCUGUAAUUAUAAAACGUUCACAGUUACCAAGUUCCACCUCAACUGUAACAACAUUGGCCGGAACAGCAAGUCGAACAGCUAUGACCCCUUUAAGUGUUCAAACUGUGCACGGAGGAGUAAUUUACACUCGGCAGAUUCCUAUUAAUACUGGUUCAUUAUUUAAUGCAAAUAUAAAUCGAAGUCCAGUCAAGUUGCCACAAAGUUCAGUGGACACACAGGCAAUCCAAACAGUGGAACCAGUCAUGGUGUCCAAAAGUUCAGUUGUGCGGAACAAAGUAAAUACUUUGCUGGCAGCAACAUUUACUCCUCCAGUUAGUAGUGAUUUAGAAAAUGCUCCGGGCACGCCAUUUACUAGCCAGACUCGAGCUGAGUCAAGUGAAGGAAGUUCAACAGAGACUACACGAACUAGUUUACAACAACCAUUAUAUGCACUGCAAACAAGUCUUCCAAUUAAAUUAAAUGUACCUUCUUCUGCAAUGUUUUCAAAUGCUAAAGUGGUGAGGCCUGUCCUUCAAAUACCAAACACAUUACUUACAACUACUUGUCCUAUUAAACAACAGCUCGUAUUAACUGCUACUCCUGCUCCAUCGACCAGAAUGAGUCAGAGUUCACGUCUCACUGAUAAUUUAAUUAGCACAAGCCCCAUGGAUUCUUCAGUCAGUUCCUCAACAUUAGAACAAUUGCGCGAAUUUGACAUGGUGUUGGAGCAAGUUAAAGAACGAAGUACAGUCCAGCCAAAUAUACAAGUUGCUGUGCCCUCUCCAAAUGUACAAGUUUCGUUGUCAUCGAAUAUAUCACAUGGAUUACUUAUACCUCAAUCACAAAGUGAGUCUUCAGAAUCGGUAUUGCAUGUGUCUACUGCAUCUUUUGGACAAGAAGUUGUUUUUACAACUACAGUGUCACCACUUACACAAAGAUUAAACCUUACAUAUAUGAGUCAGAAUCUUGCAAAACUAGCAGGAAGUACGCCAGUGGUAGUGGUUACAAAUUAUCAGCAGGCUCCUUCACCAGCAUUGAGUGUGACUUCCCAAAGUAGUUCCAGUCCUUGUGUCACGCCUGCUCCUACUACACCAAUUUCCUCCGCAGGAAAGACUCCUCCAAAAGUGACAUCAAAGUCUAAAUCGAAAACAGUAAAAACAAAUUCAACAAGCACUUCGAAAGCUUCACCUGUGCCGAAGCCACUUCAGAAACCUCAAGAAGAUGAACAAACUGCACAAAGGAUCUAUGACAUAUUAGCAGAGUAUGCAGAACAGUUGAGAAAUUCACCUGAUUUAAAUAAUAAGCCAGCUCCCCGCAGGCGAUCAAAUCCUUCUGCAAAUCCUGGUCCAAAUUCAAAACGAAAAAAAUCUUCUGGCUCAAAACGACCACCUGGGCAAGGUACUUCAAAUGCUUCUGAGAUGAGCCCUGGUGCGGAUGAUCAUCACACAAUGGGAAGUGAAGACAGCUCCUGUGGUUUGGUGCAGAUUUCUAUGCAGAAUUCUCCAUCUCAAGGCAUAUCAAGCAUGGAAGACUGCAUACAUGAUACUUCUUCCGAUGUUGGUGGUAAUGUCAGAAGCGCACAGUCAGAUUCUAGUGAUGGCACUGCUACAACAUCUGAAACAAAACCUCAGGCACUGCCACCUGCUCGGCAUGUAAUUUUUACAGAUCCUAACGGUGCCCAGCAAAGAAAUGUUAUUAUAACUGAAACAGCUGUUGGUGAAGCAUUAGCUCAAGUUGGAAAACUAGGAUCUUCUACAGCUACUGUUCUUGUGCCUGGUAAUUACAUCCUUCCUAUGUCAAUGGUUAAGGGAGGUCAACAAAUAACAAUUGUUUCUGGUGGUUCUAAAAUAUUAGCAACUGUUCCAACUAGACCAGGUACUAAUGCAAAUGCUUUAGUUUUACAGAGUAUAUUAAAUCAAGCUCAAAAGCCUAUAAUUGCACAGCAGGCGUCAUCUAUAAAAAUACCAGCCAUUCAAACUAUGACUGGACUGACUCAAUCAGUAGUUACUAAUAAUCAAACUAGUGUAGCGCAAAAAUUACCAUCUGGAAAUCAAAUAAACCAACAAGUUGCAUAUAUAGAAUCAAUUGCAGAUAAAGGCAGUACUGCUAUUAACAGUUUAUCUACCUCUCAAGGAAAAAUAAUUUUGAAUUCAAGCACAUCAACUAUGAAUGUUGUGUGUGCUAGUCCCUCUAAGGUUGGUUCUGCUAAUGUUACUGGAUUUAUUUCCAAAUCACCAGCAGUAGUCAGAACUUAUUCUACAAUCACCCACACUUCUAGUAAUAAUAAUGGGCAAAAAUUGUCACAAGCCGAUUUAGUUAAAAUCAAAAAUAACUUUUCUGUGGAAGAUAAUAAUGAACUUAAAAUUAAUGUUACUCCUGAUGUAUCUACAAUAGUUAGUACUAGUAAUAUUCUGACAGAAUCUCAGGGUAGAUAUACACUUAGUAUAUCAUCACCAGCUGUUUUGACGCAAAAUAUUGGGCAAACUAAUGCUUCUGUGUCGGAUAUACAAUCUUUGAGAACCAACAAACCAAAGUUAUCAAAAGAAUCAAAUAAUAUCCCAGUGCAGACUGCAAAUGCUGUUGUCACAUCUUCUUUAGCUUGUUCCAAUCCGGUUAUAAAAUUAGUAAAUUCUUCAAAUCGUGAAAAUAUUAAUACAAGUGAAGUUUUUGAGUCGAGCGAUACGGCACAAGAUGAGCGCGCCCAGUCUAUAUUAAUCAAUACAAACAAUCGUAUAAUUAAUGGGCCACUACUAAGCCAGAUGACUAAUCAUGUUUAUCAAUCUUCACCCACAAUCACCAAUUCUGUUGAAACAAUCGAUGGCAAUGAGAAUGGUCAAAUAAAAACUAAUAAUGACCAGAAAGAUAACAAAGUUGAAAAUGGAAUGAUUGAUCAAAAUGAAAUUUUUUCUAAAGAAAGUACUCCUUGGAGGUACGUUCCGACUACCUCAAAUGUUGAAUAUUUGACAAUGGGAGAUGAAAUUAAGUUUUUCCGAGAAAAUGUGGAUGCAAAUUGCGAGAAUAUUUGUGAUAAAACCGGAGAAGACAUGGACACAAAGUCUUACCAAAGUCAUUUGAAUUCUGAUAUUAUAAAGAAGAGGUAUGUAAAUUCAAUGAUUUCAUCUUAUGGUACGAAAUCCGAUCGCCUGAAAAACGCAACGCUGAGAGCGAGCAAACAAUUGCAACAACAAACUUUGGAGCGUAAGCAGGCUGCGUUGGAAAGGGAAUUGCGACUACAAAAAUCUUUAUCGGAAGAAUGUGAAGAUUUGGGAGUUGAUGAACCAAGUACAAGUGAUCUGUUUCCAGAGGCCGAUUUGUUAUUCGAUCCAUCCCAUUCUUUUGAUCAGAAUAGUCAGGAUGCCACUUGUAGUCAAGCCGUAGGCAAGAAUUAUAUUCGUGCUAAUUUUAAGUCUCUUGAUUCAUCUUCGAAUAGUACUGACACAGAUUAUGUGAAAGCUGAACUCGAUGAUACAAAACAUUGUCGCAACGCCGAGCAAAAUGAGGGUUACUUAUUAGAACAACCUGCCAAGGUAUGUUCUACUGAUCAUGGAAUAAUAUCGGCAAGUUCUUGUAGGUCAAACAAUUACAUUGUACAAACGGAUGAUAAUAAGAAGGAGCCGCUUUCAGAUUUUGAUAACAAUUCUGAGUUUAUGUUUAGUACAACUUCGUUUUCGCGUUCCGUGGAUGAAUCGUGCAUGGAGUUGGUAUUUGAAAGUACUGAUAAGAACUCAAAUAAAAAUGGUAAAGAUGAAUGCUUGCAUGCUAACCACAAUUCAAACAGUAUACCUUUCGAGCCGUCUGGAGAACAAACGUCCGCUGAAACAUCUCCUAAUUUACCAUCGCAUAUUUCACGGACCAAAUCGCGCAAAAGUCUAAUUUAUGUCAACUGUAAGUCAAAGGAGAAUUCUUCUAAAAUAAAUUGGGAGUCGGAAUUGGAACAUUCUACUACGGAAGACGAGAUGCAGUUUACCGAAGAUGAUUCCAGUCAAGGCCAACUCGAAAAUUUUCAUGCCAUCAGUUCUGGAGCAGGAGGACUAACACCGAGGAUGAAUAAGAGGAAAAGGCUCGAUACACUUGAAGGAAAUGGUUUGAAUGCAGAUAAAGUUCAAAGUAUGAAGAACGACUUUGCGAAUUCGGCGAAGAGAAGGAAGUCAAUGGAGAGCGAUCAAAUGACCGACAUGGAAAAUUUGACCAGUUCUCCGAUUAGUCCGUCAGAAGAGCACACGCACGAGUUGGUCAAAGGAUCAACGCGGCGGCUGUCGCUUCGGGGGCACGUCAAGAAAAACUGUGCCUGUUGUAAUGGAAAAGCCGUCGCCGAUACUGUGCCGGUUGUUAAAAAGCCCAGAUCGAAAGUGGAUAACAUGAGAGCGGUAAAAAUAAAUAGAAAGCCUACCGUUUCUCCCAAAAUAAAAAAUUUAGUAUCCAAGAAGAGAUAGUAUGUAUCAUUAUGUUUCGUACUUGAUUACAGGCAGUACUUAGGUUGACAGGAUAAAGCAUUAUAUUGCUUACUGUCCGUCUAAUCGAAAAAGGCUGAUUUUUAUUUUUUGAAUAAGUUCUUAUCAUUUAGUGUAAUAUUACAGUUCACGUUUAUUUUUAAUUUUAGCACAAACUUGUACACAUUUUCAGUAUGUAUUACUGAGAAUAGAUGUUGGUUUAUUGACGAACCAGAACUAAAUCAUUUCCACAAUUAGUAUGUAUAGAUAUCUAUCAUUUAUCUGAUACUAAAUUUAGAAGCAGAGAUAUAUAC